UCUCUGGUCUAUUUUGAGGUGCUCUUAUCACAGCUGUUGUAUCUGUGGUGGCAGCCUGUCCAAGCCCCGCGACACUCUUCCUUUUCCCUCUCUGGCCCUUGGUCCUGUGCUCGCUCAGAAUAAUGGAGGCUUGUCAGGAGAGCGUCCCUGCACCCAUUGGUCCCGAGGCAUCGCCAGCCCAGGGUCACCACAUUGACCUGACAGAAGACCUGGCCCAGCAGCUGGAGGACAUCAUUAGCACCUACCAGGAUGCAGAGAUUCCCGCUGAGCCAGAGGACACGGAGGAGGUCACAGCCGUCAAAGAGGCAGACUCCCGCAAGGACCAGAAACUGGAGAAGAAGAUGCUCAAAAACCUGGGGAAGGAAGCCAUGCUGCUGAUGCAAAGCUUGAACAAACUCAACACUCCAGAACAGAAACUGGAAGCCAUCAUCAAGAAGCACGCCGAGCUGUUGGAGGAGCAUCGGAGUGAUCAGAAGCAGCUUAAGUUCCUGCAGAAGAAGUUGCUCCAAGUGAUGAAGGAGAAGGAUCAGCUGCAGAGCGAGCACAGCCGCGCCGUGUUAGCACGCAGUAAACUGGAAGGGCUCUGCCGAGAGCUGCAGAGGCACAACAAGACCUUGAAGGAAGAGACCCUCCAGAGGUGCAGAGAGGAUGACCUGAAGAGGAAAGAGAUCACAACUCACUUCCAGGGGACGCUGAGUGACAUACAGGCCCAAAUCGAGGAACACAGCAGCCGAAACACCAAACUGUGUCAGGAGAACAGCUCUCUGGCAGAGAAACUGAAGGGGCUCAUUUCACAAUACGAUCAGCGAGAGUCGAACCUGGAAAAGGUUUUCAAACACAGGGACCUGAAAGAGAAGCUGCUGGAAACCAAACUCACGCAGGCAAACAUGAUGCUGAAGGAGGCCGAGGAGAGGCACAAGCUGGAGAAAGAGCUUAUGCUAAAACAGGCUGUGGAGUAUAAAACUCAACUGAAAGCCCUGAGGGGACAAGAGAGUGAUAUGAGGACCCAGCUCGAUAUGUACUCAAGGAAGUUUGAUGAGAUCCAGGGCACGGUAUCAAAGAGCAACAGUGUCUACAGCGGCUUCAAACAGGAUAUGGACAAAAUGGCCAAGAAAAUGAAAAAGCUGGAGAAGGAGUGUCAGUCUUGGAAGACUCGCUUUGAUGGCUGCAACAAGAGUCUCGUUGACAUGGUGUCAGAUAAAGCAAUCAAGGAAAAGGAGUUUGAGCUUGUCACUUCCAAGAACCAGAAGCUUGAGAAUCUAUGCAGGGCUUUGCAAGAGGAGAGGAAAAGUCUAUAUGAGAAGGUGCAGGGAGCCGGAAGUCAACUGGACAGCAGCACUACUGAACCGACAGAGAAAGAGUGCCCUGAGGUGCUGGAGACCCCGAAAGACCCAAAGGAUGACCAACCCGCCCAGAAGGCUGAAACCCCUGAACCCGAACCUGCGACCACUGCCGGGAAACAAACAGUUGAAUCUCCGCUCAACAAGGAACUGGCUAAGCUCAAGUCCGAGCAGGCCCACCUGAAAGAGAUCGCCAGUUCUUUCACCGUCUCUCAUGUUGUACCGACAGAAACACUCGCCAGCCAAUCACAAGGACUCUCUGAGGGCGCCCAGGAGCCAGAGGAGCAUCACAUAGAGGAGAGCAACGGCGAACACCUUCUGAAGGUCGAGGAGGACAAAUUCCAAGAUCAGAGGGAUCUGGAAAUGGAGUCCGUUGAUUAAUGCCGCGACUGCUGUGAAAAAAGCAAAUAUAAUUCAUGUGAGAUUCUUAGCAAUAAAAAGAAAAAUGCUGGCUUUGUG